GGUGUAUAUUGAUUGGCCAACUCUGUACGAUAUGCUGCCAAUUGAAGGACCUGAAGUUAGAUCCUGCCCUAACAGACCUGAACCAGACGAUACAGCGCUGGAGUCGUUGCAAUUAGGAGAAGAAAUCCAGCAAUUGAGGACCGUACCAGUAGAAAACGCAAGCUCCUUCACUGCGCUCCUCGAGCUACCGCCCACUCAGGCCAUGGCGCUUCUCCACUCGACGGAAACCGGCGAAUCUCCGGCGGUUCAUGCGGCUAUUAAGAAACGCAUUAUCAAGGACGGUAUAAAACCGUAUCCACAUGGUAAUUUGACAUUUCCAAUAACCUCUACUCCGAUCGAGCGCCCCGCUAGAGUCGCCGUCCUCGCUAAAGAGAACCACUCACCAGAAUUGAACUCUUUGCCGUCUAAUCACAGCGGGGAUCUCGAGAAAACAGUUAAGAACGAGCCGGCCGAGACCGAAUCAUUCCCCAAUUUGUCGCAGCAGCUGGUAUCCGAACCGACGGUGGAGAACAAAAGCCAGAAUCAGACCCAGAGGUCGGUGAAGAGAAAGGAGCGAGAGAAGAAGGGCAAAUGGUCUGCCAAAAAGAGAAAGUGCGCCGCAAACGAGGGCUCCGAUGACGCAGAGAAGCUUCCUUACGUGCACGUCCGUGCUCGUCGUGGUCAAGCCACCGACAGCCACAGCUUAGCAGAAAGAGCGAGGAGAGAGAAGAUAAACGCGAGAUUGAAGCUACUGCAAGAGCUGGUCCCGGGCUGCAACAAGAUUUCGGGUACAGCGUUGGUGUUAGAUGAAAUCAUCAACCAUGUACAAUCUCUACAGCGUCAAGUAGAGUUUUUAUCUGUGAGGCUGGCAGCGGUCAACCCAAGAAUCGAUCUCAACCUUGACAGUAUAUUGAAUGCAGAAAGUGGAUCUGUAAUGGAUAAUAACUUCCCCAACAUGGUUAUGCCUUUGAUGCAGCCUGAAGUCCAAGUCAAUGAAAACGGUCUACAGGCCCAAUCGCAAUGGCAUUUUGACGCUCUUCACCCACCAGUUUGGGGAAGAGAAGAAGACAGUCAUAACUUCAUUAAUUCUGAGAACUCACUUCUGAGCUAUGACGACUCUGCAAAUUCAGCAUCUCUGCACUUGAAUCAAUUGACAAUGGAGCCAUGAAGCCACAGAGGGAAAAACCGUUGUCAGUGUAUAUAUAUCGAAUAUAAUAGUAGCAGAUAACAGGAUGUAGAGAAGAGGCAUCAACAUUAGGACUUCAUUUUCAAUCUGUUCAUCAGCCAGUAGAAAAUCCAGAUUUCAUUCAGGUAGAGACAAGAAAAUGAAGUAAGUUAUAUAUACAUAUGAAAUUAUUUGUUCCUAUAUAUAUACUGACUUUAGAGAGUCGUUCGAUCCAAUACUUGGAUUGGUUGAUUCAUAUUGUAAAACCGUGAAAGAGCCAUCUCCUUUGGUAUUAUUGAAGAUAGCAACUUCAUUGUUAUGCCAGAGAUUAAGCAAAAAGCUUUUUGUGGUGAUGGAUAAAUAGAGUAACAUUUUUUA